AUGGAUUUUGAGCUACGGAGGGCGCAGCAGCGAUACGAGAAGGAGCAGCGUGAGAAGCGGGAGGCGGCGCGGCUGAAGGCGGAGAGGCAGAGGAAGGCGAAGGAAGAGAUCGAGGCGCGUCGGAGGGCUAUCGAAGAGGCGCAGAGGCUCAAGCGGUUGGAGGAUGCUGCAGCUGCUGAAGCAGCUCGUCGUCAAGCGGAGGCGGAUCUGCAAGCAGGGGGCGGCAUCCGCUUCAAUCGCGAGCUGGUCCCCGUCGCUAUUGCGGGCGACCGCGAUAAGAUCACACUCCCGCAGUCGGUGCUGUCCGAUCUGCCGCUAGACGAGGCCCUCGAUAGAGGACCCAUGCUCUUCGAGCUCUCCGUUCCGCGCGCCGCUGGCGGAAGCGCGGCAGGCGGAAGCGCAACCGGCGGAAGCACGGCGGACGGAAUGGAGGUUGAUGGGGAGGAAGAGGAUGACGCCGACGAGGGUGGUUAUGCAGUGGAUGUUGAUCUUAACGGGGGUGAUUAUAACGGGAGGAGAGUGAAGCGGAGGGUGACGCAUGGAGGCGUUUUGGAGUUUACUGCGCCGGAGGGCUGUGUAGGUCUACCCCCUCUUAUCCUGCGAAAUUUGGGGUUAACGGGGAUUAUGGACGUCUUUAAUCCGUCCGGUACUCCCCCCUCUGUGUGCGUCCGCUUCGUCAAGCUCCCUAAAGCCACGUUCGCGCGGCUCCAGCCGCUGCGCCACGGGUUUCUUGCUGACGUGGCGAAUCACCGCGCUGUUCUGGAGGCGGCGCUGCGGGGCCAGGCGGCGCUGACACGUGGCGACGUGCUAUUGGUCGGGUCGGAGGUGGGGGAGGUGGCGGUGCGCGUGUGUGAGGUGAAAGGGGUGGGCGGCGCGAGAGGCGCUGCUACAGUGAUUGAUGCUGACGUGGAAAUUGAGCUGUCGCCAUGGGAGGCGGAGGGGGGAGCGGAAGGCAAGGGAGGAUUGGGGAACAGGCAGGGGGAAGGCAAGGGGGAGGGAAAGGGAAAGGGGAAGGAAGGAGAAAUGCGGGAUGCAGGGAGGGAUGGGAAGAAUGUGGGAAGAAUGGCUGGUAUCGUGAGAAAGCUGAGGGAAACAGAUGAGCAACAAGGAGAGACAAGAGAGAAAGGAGAGGAAACAGAGGGAGGAGGGGGAGGAGUUGGCGCUGGAGUUGUAAAGAGGGAGGUGAUCCACGUGGGGAGUGCUGAUAGGCGCUUACUGGUGCUGCCUAUAGGGGGGAAAGGGCUAGCAGGGGAGAUUCAGGAGGGCGAAUGGAGGUAUUUCAAGGUUUAUGCUGAUGGGAGGUUAGGCAGGAGGUUGUAUCAGGGGGAGGUAGAACUGGAGUUCCGGUUGCAGCUUGAAGGGGGGUCGGCUGAUGUGGCUCGAGGAGGUGGUGACGUGGCGGAGGGUGAUGCCGACCUGUACCUGACCAGGCACCCUAUUGUGUACCCCUCGUUUCUGGACCAUGACAUGUCGUCCAUUCUCCCUAUUGGCUCCAAGACGCUCGUUCUCUCCGCAUCAGCACUGGCGAAAGCAGCAGUACCAGCAGCACCAGCAUCAGCAGCAGCAGCAGAAGCAGCACGAGUGGAAGUAUCAGGAACAGUAGUACCAGAAGGAGCAGCAGCAGCAGCAGCAGCAGCAGCAGCAGCAGCAGCAGCAGCAGCAGCAGAAGCGCUGAAGGAGCCUGCAACGUACACUAUAGCAGUGCACGGUGCAGCAGGCACUUGCAGGCGGGCGGAUUUGGAAUCGGGCGGCGAGCACCACCAGCACUGCGGGGAGUGUGGGGAGGUGUUUGGUGGGAGAAAAGAGAGGGAGAAGCACGAGCAGGUUCGGCAUGGGGAGUUGGUGUGCGAGUGUGGACUCACUGGGAAGGCUGCCGAAGUGCACCACCACCGGCGCACCACCUGUCCCCAUCGCCCCAUCCUCUGUCGCUUCUGUGCUGCCCUCGGGCCGGCCCUCGGCCCGCCCCUCUCCGCUAUAGACCGUCUCAACGGCCUCUCCCCCCACGAGGCACUCUGUGGGGUGCUUUCACACACGGCCCUUUCCCCCUCUUCCUCUCUGCCCUCCCGUUUCUUCCGGCUUAAGUUCUGUCUGUGCCUUCCUCCCAUUUCCCCCCGGCCCCCCUUCUCCCCAGCACCACCACUGGUCCCCAUCACCCCAUCCUCUGCCGCUUUUGUGCUGCCCUCGUGCCUGCCCAUACAACCCUCAUGCCUUUCCUCCCUUCCCCCCUUCCCCCCUUUACCCCCCCCAGCACCACCACCAGCGCACCGCCUGUCCCCAUCGCCCCAUCCUCUGCCGCUUCUUUCUGUCUGUGCUUUCUCCCAUUUCCCCCCUGCCUCCCCCCUCCACCAGCACCACCACCGGCGCACCACCUGUCCCCAUCGCCCCAUCCUCUGUCGCUUCUGUGCUGCCCUCGUGCCGGCCCUCGGCCCGCCCCUCUCCGCUAGAGACCGUCUCAAUGGCCUCUCACCCCACGAGGCUCAGUGUGGGGCCCGCACGGCCCCUUGUGACACGUGUAGACGGCCGGUUAUGUUGAAGGAGAUGGAUGUCCACGUGGCGGCUUUCCAUUUGCUGCCUGCCACGUCAGCAGCAUCGCCAGCUGCUGCCACUGCUAAUACCACCACCGCUGCUGCUGCUGCUGCCUUUCCUAGGAACGCUCUUGCUUUUGUGGCUGGUGGGAGGAGCACACACACGCACACAGAUAUUGAUGACGAGCACUGGGCAAGAGCCUAUGCCGGCGAUUUUGAGGAGGACCAGGGGUUGCAAGGAAGAGUCGGAGAUGGGAUGGUGGGGGAUGUAGGGAAUGUUGGGGCGAGGGGUGGGAAUUUGGAUGGGGGUUUGGAGAGAAGGGAUGGGCCGGGUGGGGCGAGUGGGGUAAGUGGGCCGGCUUCUGGGAGGUCGUUGAAUGUGGGGUGUCCGAUUUGUGGUGUGAUGGUGCACAGUGAGCGAGACCUCAAUGUGCAUCUGGAUAUUGCACAUUGA